AUGGCCAACGAAAAGCCCAAAGAAGGAGUCAAGACUGAGGACAACAAUCAUAUUAAUUUGAAGGUGGUGAAGCAGGAUGAUUCUGUGGUGCAGUUUAAGAUUAAGAGGCAUACAGCACUUAGUAAACUAAUGAAAGCCUAUUGUGAACGACAGGGCAUACCUACACAGUUGGAAAUGGAGGACGAAGAUAGGAUUGCUGUGUUUCAGAAGCAGACGGGCAGUGUCUACUGA